AUGCCACACGCCCACAAGCUUGCCACGCUCCAGCUGGCACGCCCAGUCCCACCCCAUCGAGUCCGACCCUCGAUCGACAGAACUCCCAGGAUUCCGAACCACAGCCCCAGCCUUCUCACCACCCACAUCCCACCCACGACAGCAACCAGAAAGACUCCACCCCCACUCCCAUCCUUGUGCUUGACUCGUUCCUAUACCUGUCCGACCUCCCCACAGAUGUCCAAGCCUACCGCCGAUCGCCCCUCCCAUUGGGACCCCAAAGCAACCCCGUAUCCCCCCGUCCGCAGGGAUCCAAACUCGUCGGAAGUUUUCCAGAGUAAGCAGAACGGAUCGGUCACCAUCCCGGAUCCUUACAGUUGGCUGCACGAGCCGCCGAAGCAGAGCAAGGAGACACAGCAAUUUGUCACGAGACAACAAGCCUUGACGAAGGAUUACCUAAGCAAAUACUCCCAUCGAGACGCACUCCACGAAGCAGUGACGAAGAAUUGGGACUACGCGAGAUUCAGUUGUCCGUCGCUGAAGCCGGAUGGGUACUACUACUUCAGCUUCAACUCUGGCCUCCAAGCGCAAUCGAUCGUAUAUCGGGUGAAGAAAGGGGAGGAGGAGGAAGCCCUGAAGCGGGCGACGGACCCCAAACAGCCUGCGGGGGAGCUCUUCCUCGACCCCAACCUGUUCUCCAUCGACGGCACCACCGCAUUCUCCUUCUCGGCCGUCUCCGAGUCCGGCAUCUACAUGGCCUAUGGCGUCUCCCGCUCUGGGAGCGACUGCCAGACUAUCUACGUCCGUCGCACCGACUGUCCCCAUACCAAAACUGCGGCCGAUGGCGGCAAGAGAGGCGAGGACCCGGGGCGGAUGAAGGACACGGUCGAGAAGGUCAAGUUCAGUAGUCUCAGUUGGAUGAAAGACGAUUCGGGUUUCUUCUAUUCAAGAUUCCCUGACGAACAACCCAAUACCACCGAGCCCGGCGCAGAUCUCAAAGGAGAGGUGGAGGCUGAUGCCGGGACAGAUACCAAGGCGGACCUCAAUCACAUGCUCUACUUUCACAAACUUGGGGAGCCACAGAGUAAAGAUCUGUUGAUAAUGGAGGACCCAGCGAACCCAUCGUACAUGUGGGGAGCUGAAGUUUCGGACGACGCCAAGUACCUCAUCCUGACGACCUCCAAGGAUACCGGCCGCUCGAAUCGACUCUGGGUUGCCGACCUAACCUCUCAACCCUUGUCGAGCGAGAUGAAGUGGCAAAAGAUUGUGAACGAGUUUGGCAACGAGUACAUCUUUGUUGCCAAUGAUAACAGUCGACUGUAUUUCAUGACUAACAAGGACGCGCCUAAGCGCAAAGUGGUGACGUAUGACUUGAGUAAGCCGGAAGAAGGCUUCCAAGACUUGAUCGCCGAGGAUCCUCAGGCGGUUCUGGAGGGCUAUUCUCCCACCAACAACGACCUGACCGUUCUGAGCUACUCACGGGACGUCAAAGAUGAGCUAUACCUUCACGAGAUCAAGUCGGGCAAGCGGAUCAAGCGCAUCGGCGAGGAGUUGAUCGGCACUAUCGGGGGCAUCUCCGGCCGGCGGAAACAUGGCGAGUUCUUCUUCCAGAUCAGCAGCUUCUUGAGUCCCGGCACGGUCUAUCGCUACCGGUUCGAUCGCCCAGAGGAUCAGGCUCUUGCCGAAUUCCGAAAGACUCUGAUUCCAGGCUUGGACUCCAACGAUUUCGUGUCGAAGCAAGUCUUCUAUGAAUCCAAGGACGGGACGAAGGUGCCGAUGUUCAUCGUUCACAUGAAAGACUUCAAGCAAGACGGCAGCGCGCCAGCCCUCCAGUACGGAUACGGCGGCUUUUCGAUCAACAUCUCGCCCUUCUUCUCGCCCUCUUUCAUGAGCUUUGUCGCGCACUAUGGGGGCGUGUUGGCGGUGCCUAACAUCCGAGGGGGUGGCGAGUAUGGCGAAGACUGGCAUCUAGCAGGCUGCUUCGAGAACAAGCAGAACGUGUUUGACGAUUUCCAGUACGCUACCAAAUACCUGGUCGCCAACGGGUAUGCGGCGCCCGACAAGGUGACGAUUAUGGGCGGCAGCAACGGGGGUCUCUUGGUAGCCGCGUGCGUCAACCAGGCGCCGUGGCUCUUUGGGUCUGCGCUUGCGGAGGUGGGCGUGCUAGACAUGCUACGCUUCCAUCGGUUCACGAUCGGACGGGCGUGGAUCGCUGACUACGGAGACCCAGACACUCCCGAGGCGUUCGACUACUUGAUCAAGUAUUCGCCUCUGCACAACAUCAACCCGGCCGCCGAAUAUCCGGCGCUCAUGCUACUCACAGCGGACCAUGACGAUCGCGUCGUCCCGCUUCACAGCUUCAAGUACGCCGCCGCCGUCCAACACGCCCUGCCGACCAACAAGCAUCCUUGUCUGUUGAGGCUCGAGCUCAAGGCGGGCCAUGGCGCCGGCAAGAGCACCGAGAUGAAGAUCAACUCCGUCGUCGACCAACUCAGCUUCGUCGCCCUCAGUCUUGGCUUAGAAUGGAAGGAGUACGCGGGAAAGAAAGCAUCGUGA